AUGUCAAUUUUUAAAGUAAAACAAUGGUGGUCUAAUGAAAAAUUCAUAACUGAGGAUUGUGAUGAUGGUACUCAAAAUAGCAAGUGUAUUAAAAUAGAUAGAUUUAAUUCACACAAUGAUAGCGAUUGCAUUAUAAUUGGUCAGGGUUCCGUAUUGCAAAUUUACAAACCAAACUUAGAAAAUGAUACUCAUUCAAUCUUAGAAUCGCAAUUAAAUGAUGUGAUACUACAAAUUGAAACAGGAAAAUUUUUAGCAAAUUGCGCCGAUCGUCAAAUAUUAAUAUUACACCCGACAACUUAUAUUAUUUAUCUUUUAGAAAGAACUGAAGGACAAACCGAUGUUGGAGAACAAAAUGUAAUUUCUACUGCUAUAAGUCACUCGUUUAAUAGACGAGCAUUUAGCACAACUUGUGGUCCUUUUGGUAAUUCCAAAAGAGAUCUUAUAUGUAUUCAAGCUUUAGAUGGAACGUUAAGUUUUUUUGACCAGGACACGUUUUUAUUUAUGUGUGUGUUCAACGAUAUUGUAAUACCGGGUCCUGUACAUUUUAUAGCAAACAGCGACCAUUUUAUAGUUUGCAAAUCGACAUGGAUAAUGGAAAUAUUUAGUUAUCAACAGAUGAUCGAAUUUAGCGAAUUGAGUGUGCGAGCGAAUAAAAAGAAUAUUCCACAAUGGAUUUAUAAUGCCGGGGAAGAAAUUAUAUCUAUUCAAGUGAUACGAACAAGUAGCAGUUUUUCCAGUAUAGUAGCGAUAGGUGAGAGACACCUCUAUUGCUUUCAGGAUAACGGAUUAAUGAAAUUUAUGAUUAGGUUUGAUUACAUGCCAAUUUGUUUUCACGCCUAUUUAAUUGGAUGGUACUACGAACCUAAUUCGCGACUUCUGGUUAUGGUAGCCUCUGAAGAUUCCAAACUAAAUAUAUAUGAAGGCACUUCACUUUUGUGGUCUUGCGACUUAACGCAUAGACCAAUAUCAAUAGCUCGAUGUUACCUAAAUUCCCUACCAGGUGGUAUUGUAACACUUUCUACUAAUGGUGUUGUAAAUAUCAGUUAUUUGGGCACUGAACCAGAUUUAAACGCGAACGGAAAACCAAUGAAUGAUAUAGUCAAUCCUGAUCAAAUUCAAGACGAAUUGGUUGUCGUCGAAAAUUCGUUACAAAAAGUUAUGGACGCUAGAAAAACUGAAUUUGAAGAUAUUGACCCGGAAGUCGAUCAACUAGUAAAUGUUAAAGUCAGUAUUGGUAAACCUAAUGACGAUCCUAUUACAAACUAUCCAUCAAACGGUAUGGAAAUUUUACAAACAUGUUCAAUGGUGGUUAUUUUAACUUGCGAUAACCCUGAUUUUGUUCAAAGCAUACAAAUAACUUACGACUGCGUUCCUCCUAUUAUUUGCACAGACACGACACUGUGCUUAGAUAAUAUAAACGGUACAGAAAUUGUAGAAACACAAGUUCUUCUAUCGGGUGACGCAGAUAUAUCAGAUUGCGGUAUAAGUAUAUUUAUAACUGUUGUCGAUUUAAAUGGGAAAAUUAAAAUAUUGUCUAAAAGGGCAUUGCUACCACUUACUUUGUACUGCGUACCAGUAGAAAACGAAUCGGAAAAUAGCUUUAAAAUAAGUAUUAGAACUAAUAAACCGUGUUUAGAACUUCCCGAAAUAUUUAAUGAUAUUGCAAAAGAAGAGUUAGCUCAAUUUUCAUCUAAAAAUACGCUAACUUUUAAGUAUCGAACGUUAAAUAAAACAGUGACAUUUAAAAGUGAAGAUAUCUACACAAUAGAAGCGAACGAGUUUUCUGUUAUGUCACCUUUAUUAGAAUAUAUUGUAUUGAAUUUAAAAACCUACUACACUGAAAGUGGUAUAAAAGAUUUCAAAAUGAAUUUUAUCUUAAACGGAGACUCAAUUAAACUCGUUUUGCAUACAUUUUUGAAAAGUAUAGAAAAUCAUUCUAAAGAAAGAAUCAAAAUGAAGAGUUUGGAGGAGAACCUCGCUGUACUUCAAAGACAGUUUACUAUAGUGCAGAAAAGGCUGUUAGUACAGUAUGGAUCGCUACCUCCGGGUAAUUGCGAUGCUUUACAAUUUCUAAUGAACGAUACUCACGAACGAAUUAAGACAGUUGCAUUCGAAAUAAUGCAGAGUAAGCAAUACGUGUUUAGAAUGGGUAAUAUUUUGAGAAGGGUUUGCAACAUCAUUGUUCAUAUACUAAGGGAAAAUGUAAAGGAUGAGUUCAAAGUGAAACUUAUUGAAGAAAUGCUUUCUCUAAAUACUCUUAAUGAACAAUUUCAAGAAUGGGAGGAAAAUGUUGCACAAGGUCUGUCGUACAUUCUCAAUAAACUUUUCAAAAAAUCAGAAAAAGACAAAGAGAAACUUGCACCUGUCACCGAUCAAGAUAUAUUAUCUCAAACGAAUUUAAAAAAACUUUUAAAACAGUUGCGUAUAAUAUUUGAAAAACUAUUAACUGACAGUCAAGAUCAAGAAGUCACAAGUAACAUAAUACGAACAGAAGAAUUUGUUGAAGUUAUUUAAUUAUUACUUAUUACAAGGUUGAUUUACAAAAGCUCCUAAUAAACUUAGUCAUACAAACAA